AUGCCGAUAACUCGAGCGUCUCAAUGGACUCUACGUUCAGCUGCCAGUCCCGGGCCGUCGAAGAGUAUUGCCUAUCGUUUACUUCGACAAGGCGGCUUCAUCAGCAAAAUCGACAACGGACUUUUCGGAUUGUUACCAAACGGUCAACGAGUUGUCGACCGCCUACUUUCACUCAUUGAAAACGAACUAAACGCGAUUGGAGCUCAGAAAGUCACAUUUCCAAUUCUUGCUCCGAAAAAGCUGUGGGAUAAAACAAAGCGAUGGGACAGCAUGGGUCCAGAACUAAUGACGAUGCAAGAUAGGCAAGCCGAGUCCUUUUGUUUACAGCCAACUGCCGAAGAGAUGUGUGUAGAUACUCUCAAUCAGCUCGGAAUUAUACGCAAAGAUGCGCUACCUAUUCUGAUUUAUCAAUCAACGGAAAAAUUCAGGGAUGAGGCACAUGCUCGUUAUGGUGUUGUUCGAGCCAAGCAAUUUUUGAUGAACGAUCUCUACUCAUUUGAUCUCAACAGUGAACAAGCAGUCAACACCUAUGAAAAAGUUUCAAACGCUUACGAUAAGAUCUUCAAAAAGUAUUUGAAACUGAAAGUUUACAAGAUCCGAGCAGACUCUGGUGUUCACGGUGGUAAAUUGUCGCACGAAUACCACAUCAAAAAUCCAUUAAAUCAAGAUGAAAUUGUUUAUUGUCAUACUUGUCAAGAUGGCGGUAGUGCAAAGGUUGAGGCUCCAUGUCCUCUGCAUGGCAGCGAAAAAAUGUCGACGAUUGAAAUAGCGCAUACUUUUCAACUUGGUACAAAAUAUUCGACUGCUUUUGGGCUGCAAUUAGAUUCACACCCACUGGAAAUGUGCUGCUUUGGGAUUGGUGUCACUCGUUUGAUGCACGGAAUGGUUGAACUUUUAUCUCCGCCUAGUGGGCAAGCUUUACGUUUGCCACCAAUUGUUGCCCCAUUCGAUGUUGCACUUAUUGUUCAUGGAAAAUUAAAAGACUCACAAUUUCUUGGUUCUGUGUUAUCGGAGCUUACAAAACGAUAUCAACAAAUUUUGCUCGAUGAUCGAAAUGAAACCCUGGGAAACCGAAUACGGUCUUUAUCAUUGACGGGAAUUCCACGAUACGUAAUACUCGGUGGAAACACAGUGAAAACCAUUGAAAAGAAUGAGCCAACAAUGGAGCUUUAUGUAGGCUGGGGAAUGGCCCAGCCCGGACUCGAGCUACGAGCAGCGAGUUUGAAUUGUUGGGCUCUGCCACAGCCUUGGCCUAUUGGGAGCGCAGAUCGCAGAUUUCGUCUCGAAAAACUUGCUGACGCUCUACUCAAAGGUGAAUAUGAUGUCAUCGGAUUGCAGGAACUAUGGUCAGAAUACGACUACUUGGAUUUGGCCGAGAGGGUCCAGGCAGCUUAUCCAUUUUCUCACUACUUUCAUUCUGGAUUCACUGGAAGCGGAGUCGCUGUCAUUUCGAAAUAUCCAAUUGUGUCAACGCUAAUGCACAGAUAUUCAUUGAAUGGGUUUGCGCAUCAUAUACAUCGUGGAGAUUGGUUUGGGGGCAAGGUCGUCGGUAUGGUAGAGCUGGAGAUUGGAGAACUUAGAGUCAACUUUUAUGCCACUCAUUUGCAUGCCGAGUACAACCGUCUCAACGAUCUUUAUCUUCCACAUAGACUUGCGCAAUCUUUCGAACUGUCGCAGUUUGUUCGGCACACGUCUCGUGGCGCCGAUUUUGUGAUACUAUGCGGUGACAUGAACAUGGAACCAGACGAUUUGGGCUUACGACUUUUGAUGUCCAACACAAAGCUUCAUGAUGCAUGGAGAAUUUUUAAUGAAGGUCACGGCCAAGUCGACACACCGACCAGCGAACGCACAUCUUUGGUGAGACGCACAGGAAUGACGUGUGAUCGACCGGAUAACUAUUAUACAUCACCACUUAUGCGAAGAGAGUGCCCCGACGGUAAACGAAUUGACUACAUGUUCUACAAAAGCGGUCGCAUGCAUGGUCAUCUGGAAGACUCUGGGAUUUGUUUCAACAAGAUUCCUAAUGAAGAACUCAAUUAUUCGGAUCAUGUUGGUGUGUACUCUGUCUUUCAUAUUCAUACGGAGAACAGACAUCCGUCGAUGAUUUGGGAACAUGAACUACCGUUGUUAAAAGAAGUGAUCAACAUCGUUAGAGACGGCCAGAAACGGGCACAUCGAGAUCGUUCAAUUUUCAUCGGUUUGUUCGUCUUUCUGGUUGUAAUUCUCAUCGGCUCAUUAGUUCUCGAUUACAUCAUUCCAUUCAUGUCUCUGCCUCUUUCAAUUCUUCGAUUCGUAAUCACUCUUCUAAUUGCAUUCUGUGUUUGGUAUGGCUUUCUCGGUUUAACAAUGGAACUAAAGGCUUUGAAGGGCACGAGGCAAGCGAUGGCUCAACUACUUAAUGAA